CGGCUACUAGUAUUACACAUAUUGGUGUGGUUUGCACAUAUCGAGUAUGUGGAGAUGUGGACAGGGUGUAAAGCACACAGCUACCCACAUUGUCACGGUUGGGGCAGCUGCUCAAAAUCAUGUGGUGGAGGAAGCCGGGGGCGGAUUUGUGAAUCUUGUUUCAUUAGACAUAAGAAAUGGUUUUACGAGGACUGUAACCAGCAUUGCUACAACGGCGGAAGUUUUUAUUCAGGAUAUUGUCAUUGUUCUUCGUGGAGAAGUGGCGAUUGUUGUGAAAGGUGUUACCCCAAGUAUAUAGCUCACUGUAAAUCUGGAUAUAAGGAGUGUGGAGGAUCUCCUGAUAAUAUAAGAUGUACUAAAUGCGAAGAUGGUUACUACGGUGCUGGAUAUGGAAAUGGCUGUAAAGAAUGUUCCCGUAUUUCUCAGUGUAAAAGAAGAAGAUGUACUUCAUAUUAUAACACUGAGUGCAUUGAAUGCUACGAUAAUAGGAUAUUCUACAAGCCUAGCUACGGAGGCAGUCAAUGUGAACGUAAGUUAUUUGACAUAUCAUAUAGAUAAACAUUCUUCUUAAUGUUUAAUUGUAACUAUCAGAACAUAUUAGGGGAAUCUAUUUAUAUGAUAUUUAAAAA